AUGAGUAAAAAGCAUUUGAAUGAAAAGAAAAUUACGCAUUUAUUUAUGCACGAGAAAAAUCUUACUGAAAUUCCUCUCCCAAAACAUUGCACUCAAGUUAUCUACGCUUAUUACCACAAUAAUUACAUUACAAAAAUACAAAAUUUGGACCUUAUGUACAAUUUGACACAUUUACAUUUGCAAUGGAACAAACUAACGAAAAUAGAAGGUCUCGAAAAACUAGUCAAACUGAAAAAGCUUUACUUGAGUAACAACAGAAUAAGUGUCGUAGAAAAUUUGGAGGGUUUAAAAUAUUUGGAAGAACUUCACAUUGAUAAGCAAAAUAUUGAUGAUCCAUUAUGCUUUGAUCCAAGAACAAUGAUUUCUAUAGGUGCAUCUCUUAGAAUACUUAAUGUAUCAGAAGACAAAAUAACAGAAGUGCUUUGGGUUAAGCCUUUACGCCGUCUCGAAGUACUUAUUGCGAAGAAGAAUCAAAUGGACGAUGUUCAGGCCGUAGCAGACGCUCUAUGCCCUCUCGUCGGUUUGGUUGAUGUCAAUUUUACUGGAAAUCCCAUUACGAAGAAACAUAGAUAUAAAGAAACUAUUAUAGCUAGAUGUGGUCCUUUACGUGUACUGGACACGGUGCAUAUUCACAACACAUCCAGGGUUUUUCUACAAAGUUUUGACAAGGUGGUUAGAUUGCGCCAACUACACGAAAAUAACAAAUUGAGUACGAGUCGCGAAGGUGCUGAUGAGUUUUUCGAUCUGAAUAUGUUGCCAGGCCCUAGAGCACAGAGCGCUAUGGCGAUUAGUGAGUUUUCGAAUCAGAAACCUAAGAUGACCGCCGUAGAUUCUAGUUACACUUUUAUGCCUCGAGCACUCUGGCCAAGUAGACAAAAUGCUUCACCUAUUGCUGCAGUCAAUCCAGCUCCUCUGAGGUUUACAGCGUUGAUGAAAACUAUUCCAGAUAAAUUAGUGACAGUAGCUGUCACACCAAAUGGAUACGCUGAUGGUAUCACCAAAGAUAAAUCUGGUGAGGAACACUUUGUGAUGCCUUUGGAAGUUGAAACAACCAUGUCUGAAUUCCUUACCAUGCUUGAGGCUAAAAGGGAAAAUUAUAUCCCAUACAUACAGAAACAAAACUCAAAUUUGACUGAAGAUUUCAAAGAGCUGUUGGCGGAUGUGGAAUUGGAUGUCAAGUUUGCAAGUGAGGCAUUUAAUAAAAAACCAGAUGCUGUGAACUUUUGGAUGGGCGACGAAAGAGCCAUUACAUCUAUGCACAAAGACCCAUACGAGAACAUAUACUGUGUUAUCGAUGGAUACAAGGAGUUUAUACUCAUCCCUCCCACUGACCUCCCAUAUGUACCUUAUAAGAAAUACCCACAAGCUGUUUUUAAACGAAAUAACGAUUGGGAAAUAGUACCGAUAGCUGAUUGUUCUGAUGGAAGUAUUACUUUGCCCUGGAUUUGUGUAGAUCCCCUGAAUCCCGACUUAGCAAAAUAUCCACAAUUUGAAAGAGCCCACAGAUACAAAAUUCGAUUGAACAAAGGCGAUUGUCUAUACCUCCCUAGUCUAUGGUUCCACCACGUCACCCAAAGUCACGGUUGCAUAGCCGUUAACUACUGGUACGAUAUGGAAUUUGAUAUUAAAUACUGCUACUUUAAAAUGUUAGAAAAAUUAUGUGAAAAUGCAACUAAAAAUUUAUAACCACCAGAGUAAUCAUUUUCGUUAGUUUGUUAAAAAUGACAGAAAGUAUUUGUAUAUUAAUGUA